AUGCCACCAGGAAGAAAUGAGAGAUACAGACCUCCUGCUCCACUUCCAGAAGGGAGGGUUUUGCAUGAUGGGGAAGGAAACCAAUGGGUGCUGGGCAAGAUGAUUGGAUCUGGAGGAUUUGGACUGAUAUACUUAGCUUUCCCCAUGAAUAAACCAGAAAAAGAUGCAAGACAUGUAAUAAAAGUGGAAUAUCAAGAAAAUGGCCCGUUAUUUUCAGAACUUGAAUUUUAUCAAAGAGUUGCAAAAAGAGACUGUAUCAAAAAAUGGAUAGAACUCAAACAACUUGAUUAUUUAGGAAUUCCACUGUUUUAUGGAUCUGGUCUUACUGAAUUCAAGGGAAGAAGUUACAGAUUUAUGGUAAUGGAAAGACUAGGAAAAGAUUUGCAGAAGAUCUCAGACCAGAAUGGUACUUUUAAAAAGUCAACUGUCCUGCAGCUAGGUAUCCGAAUGUUGGAUGUACUGGAAUUUAUACAUGAAAAUGAGUAUGUUCAUGGUGAUAUAAAGGCAGCAAAUCUACUUUUGGGUUACAGAAAUCCAGAUCAGGUUUAUCUUGCAGAUUAUGGACUUGCCUACAGAUAUUGUCCUAAUGGGAACCACAAACACUAUCAGGAAAAUCCUAGGAAAGGCCAUAACGGGACAAUAGAGUUUACCAGCUUGGAUGCCCACAAGGGAGUAGCUCUGUCCAGACGAAGUGACCUUGAAAUCCUUGGCUACUGCCUGCUGCGGUGGUUAUGUGGGAAACUGCCCUGGGAAGGGAACCUGAAGGACCCUGUGGCUGUUCAGACUGCUAACACAAAGUACAGCUUUUCAAGUAUUCCAUCAUGUACAGCAACAGGUCUGAAGGGAUACAUUAAAGGGAGUUAA